UCAGACGGCAGAGUCAGGCAUCUUCAAGGCACUCUGGGGAAUGACAGAACCCAGCAGAAGCUUCCCUAAAUCAGGCCAUGAAGCCAUGGAGAAGGUACUGACAGACGAUAUAGUGUACAUGAGUGCAAACCUGAACUCAGAAAUUCGAGCUUCCCAGAAAGGCAGGCAUCGUUUCCACCUGGCACGGAACACCUUCUUCCCGCAGGGAUACGGGAUCGCUUGUUUCCCAGGGGCGCCUUUCAAGACAAAGUUCAACAUCAUGUUGGGAAGGAUGAACCAAGGCGGGUUGGUGAACAAAUGGGUAACAGAUGAAGUUGGCAAACUUAGGUCAACCAAUGAUAUAAACACAGAAGAUGAAAAGAAAAUGUCUUACAUCCUGAAAAAAGCAGCAGCCCGUUCUCUCACCUUAGACCAUUUACAGGGAGCGUUUAUCAUCUUAACAGCUGGUGGGAUCGUUUCUGCUUUAUCCUUUUUGAUGGAAACUCUAAAGUUGUAUGCUUAGAUGGAUCACACUUUUCUCUUGCAUUACUACACUGCAUUUCCAUCAUACUUUGAAGAUCGAAUAAUGUAAAUUUGUAGUUUUUUUUUCCGAGAAAGUGAAAGCUAUUUACCUAUCCAUAAAAUGAAA